AUGACCAUGAGCUUGCCUAAUCUUCUCCCUGUAAUGCAGGAGCUUCUGCAGAUGGGAAAGCAUUCCGACUUUACUAUAAAGUGUGAUGGAGAAACACUGAAAGCGCACAAGGCGAUCGUCUGUCCUCAGUCUCGAUAUUUUGAUGCCGCGUUGAGUGGGGAAUUCCAGGAAAGCUAUCAGAACUGUAUCGAUCUUUCUGGUCAUGACGUUAGGACAAUCCGGGAUGUGCUAUCCUUUUUGUAUCUUGGGGAUUAUGACAAAAAUGUUUCCCAUGAAGUGGCUGAUGGCGACACGGUCACUGAAGAUCACGGCGGAGAUGGUCUGACCUUAGAGUCCAGCGUCCAUAAUGGCAUCUACAGACAUCUUCGCGUAUACGUGACCGCAGACAUGUUCGGCAUUGAUAACUUGAAGGAGAUCUCGAAGAAGCGCCUGACCCAGUGGAUCGAGCAAAAAUGGGCCGAGGACUCGUUUCCCAUAUUAGCAGCGGAAAUUCUGCGAUCCUCUCCGCCGCACGACGAGCAGCUUUCCGAUGUGCUCGCUGACGUGAUAGCUAAGAAUAUCGCAUCCCUUAUCGCAACGGAUCCUAUGCUGGAGGUUCUCGAGAACUCCGGACAUCUCGCAGUAUCGACACUCAAGAUGGUCGUCGCCCGCCUUGCCGAAUCUGAAGGGGAGCGUGAACGAUUGGUUGGUUUCUGUACCAAGGACACAUUCGGCCAUCAUUUGAUGAACAAAGUCAACAAGGCUUCUGCAUGCAGACACUGCAAUGCUGGCUUCUGCCUACGGGUCGAGGAAGGCUCGAAAGGAUGGGGUUUGAUACGAUGUGGCAGGUGCAGAACUAGACACUAA